AUGGCGGCGGCGCUACAGCGGAGCUUCAUAGAGAUCUGUGGCUUUGAGAGGGAAACUCUGCAGAGGUUCCGAGAAGUCACAGUAAACCUCGGUCUCAGUCCUCUUCCCGGUGGAGUGAAGUUCCCGGACAGUGCCGGAGCCUUUCAUUAUGAGGACAGUUCAAAGCUGCUGUCUGUCACCAGCAACAGAUUCAUUCACUGGUCAACCUCGGGGGACACGGUGCAGCUGCUGGAACAGUCUCUGGACACCAACCUGCUCAACAACGCCGUUAAAGUUAAGUUCAGCCACUGCACCGUGCUGCCGGGCGGAGUCACCAUCCAGGAGACGCUCAACAAUGUCGUCAUUCUCAUCAGCACCAACCAGAGCGUCCACAGGCUGGUGCUGCCUCACCCCACCCGCAUGUAUCGCAGCGAGCUGGUGACGGAGCUCCACAUGCAGUCCGUCUUCUCUGACGUCGGGAAGCUGAGUCUGCAGGAUCCGUCUCACAGCGCCGUCAUCCCGACCGCGGUGGGACAGACGGGGAGUCCGAGCACGUCCGCAGCCUGGCUCAGUCAAGCGGGGGAGGCUCACUACGCCCUGGCUUCACCCGCAGGAGGCAUCAUGGUCGUUACUCUGCCGCCUCACGACACACAAGGAUCAGAGAAGGUCAUAAGCUCUCAUGCUGGAUGA